AUGCCGACACUGCAUUUGACAUAUCGUCGUCUCAAUUACAACCUCUCCAGCGAGCUGGCCUGACACUUGUUACAGCCUUUUUCACUUUAUCCUUUGUACUCAUCCUUAUACAGCCAGCCUGUUCCUUCGUAUUGUGACCUUUAUCCAGAAUGCCUGCUCGCUACGCCCCCGUACCAACUCGGCGUUCGAGCAAUGGGCCAGAGGCUGAACAAGAACUGGAUGACGCCUUUGAAUCCGAUAACGAGGACGACAGCCAGCUCGAAUCGACACCACUCACACAAUCAUACAGCAUUCGCUCAGAGGAUACUCUGCACAAUUCCAGUCCAAAUGCCAUGCCAGGUGUCUACGAUUUUGAGAGAGAUUAUGACUACGACCGUCCUCCACCCGGUUCUCCCCCAGGCAUAUCUGCUGUCGCUAUGCCCAACGACAUCGGUAACUCCAACGGUCAGCUACCUACGUCUCCCCUCGGAACAACCAUACCUCGACCUUCAUUCUUCCGUAGG